ACAGCCAAUAGCUACUUUCCUUACUGAGGAGUUGGCAACACUGCCUCUGUUGCAGUGGUGGACCAGGAAGUUCCGGGAAGGCGCCAGAACUGUGUGGUGAAGACGAUAUAUUUUGUGUCCGUUUCACACGUAUUACUACAGGCCGACCAAGGUCAAGUCUGAGGUUUGUAACAUCCAACAGUGAGGACAAACCCAACCUGCCUCUCUCCUUCCACACCGAGUCCAAACCUUCAGUCACUGGGUCCUGAUUGUGACAGUGGAGCCCAGUUUGCACUGCAGGAUCCAGAGAUGGCAUCAGUGAAGCUGGAAGACUGCAGUCAAACACUGGAGCUGAAUGUCAACAUUAAAGAUGAAGAAGAGGAGGAGAAGAUUGGGAAAUCUGUUUAUCAUGGCCGACUCAGGUCAAGUCUGAGGCCAGAAACAUCAACAGUGAGGACAAACCCAGCCUGCCUCUCUCCUUCCACACUGAGUCCAAACCUACAGUCACUGGGUCCUGAUUGUGACAGUGGAGCCCAUUUUGCACUGCAGGAUCCAGAGAUGGCAUCAGUGAAGCUGGAAGACUGCAGUCAAACACUGGAGCUGAAUGUCAACCUUAAAGAUGAAGAAGAGGAGGAGAAGAUUGGGAAAUCUGUUAAUCAUGGAAACCAUGUUGAGACAUUCUCUACAUCCAGAGAGCAACAGCAGGAAGAUCACAGAGCUAAGAGGUCUCACCACCUCCCACAUUGUGAGGAGAUUUUCCCAGUUCUAUCAAAGCUAAAAAUACAUCUAAAAAUACACACAGUAGAGAAUCUGAAUUCCUGUACUGACUGUGGGAAGAGAUUCACAACAUCACAAGCUCUGACAAUUCAUCAGAAAGUGCACAGUGGAGAGAAGGCUUACUCCUGCUCUGACUGUGGGAAAAGUUUCUCCAGAUUGGAUAAGUUAAAAAGUCACCAACUAAUACAUAGAGAGAAGCCAUUCUCCUGCUCUGAGUGUGGCAAAUGCUUCAAAACAUCAACUGAGGUAAAAGUUCAUCAGAGAACACACACAGGAGAGAAGCCUUACUUCUGCUCUGCCUGUGGAAAGAGUUUCUCCCGAUUGGAUACCUUAAAAGUACAUGAACGUGUACAUACAGGAGAGAAGCCAUACUCUUGCUCUGACUGUGGAAAAUGCUUCACCACAACAUCUGAUCUAACAGUUCAUCAGAGAACACACACAGGAGAGAAGCCUUACUUCUGCUCUGACUGUGGUAAAUGCUUCAAAACAUCAACUGAGGUAAAAGUUCAUCAGAGAACACACACAGGAGAGAAACCUUACUUCUGCUCUGACUGUGGGAAGAGUUUCUCCCGGAUGGAUACCUUAAAAGUACAUGAACGUGUGCAUACAGGAGAGAAGCCAUACUCUUGCUCUAACUGUGGAAGAUGCUUCACCACAACGUCUGAUGUAACAGUUCAUCAGAGAACACACACGGGAGAGAAGCCUUACUUCUGCUCUGACUGUGGUAAAUUCUUCAAAACAUCAACUGAGGUAAAAGUUCACCAGAGAACACACACAGGAGUGAAACCUUACUUCUGCUCUGACUGUGGGAAGAGAUUCACAACAUCACAAGCUCUGACAAUUCAUCAGAGAGUGCACACUGGAGAGAAGCCUUUCUCCUGCUCUGACUGUGGGAAAAGUUUUUCCCGAUUGGAUAAGUUAAAAAGUCACCAACAAAUACACAGAGAGAAGCCAUUCUCCUGCUCUGACUGUGGUAAAUGUUUCAAAACAUCAACUGAGGUAAAAGUUCAUCAGAGGACACACACAGGAGUGAAACCUUACUUCUGCUCUGACUGUGGGAAGAGAUUCACAACAUCACAAGCUCUGACAAUUCAUCAGAGAGUGCACACUGGAGAGAAGCCUUUCUCCUGCUCUGACUGUGGGAAAAGUUUCUCCAGAUUGGAUAAAUUAAAAAGUCACCAACUAAUACACAUAGCGAAGCCAUUCUCCUGCUCUGACUGUGGUAAGUGCUUCAAAACAUCAAUUGAGCUAACAGUUCAUCAGAGAACACACACAGACGAGAAGCCUUACUUCUGCUCUGACAAUGGAACGAGUUUCUCCCAAUUGGAAAAGUUCAAAUGUCCCCAGCGAAUACAUAUAGACAAAGUCUCACUUCUGCUCUGACUGUGGGAAGAGUUUCCCCCGAUUUAGAUACCUUUUAAAAUGUCACCAGCGUAUACAUACAGGAGAGAAGCCUCAUCAGUUCUCUCAGACCAGCUUAGAGUAAAGUCAUUACAUCACUUCAUUCUCAUCUCAUAAAUGAAGUGCUAACAGUGAAUUUGAUAACAUUUAAGAAAGAAUAAAACACUAUUGGGAUCCUAUUGUUUCUCACUGAGAGAACUGUGCAGAGGAAAGGGCGUGUUAUAGAAUGUUAGCUUCUUGUUAUUUUGCUGAUCAGUGAGCACCUUGUCAGUUUUUUGUUGUGUUUUGUUAGCUUUUACUCUAAAGAUAUUGAGAGUUCCUUGGAUUUGCCUUUAGGGUUGAAUGUCCUACGAGGCUUCUUACGUUGAAACAAUGAAGUCUGAUUGUUGACUGUGUGGUACUCUGUGGGAAUAAGUUAAGAAAUGUCAGAUAGAGAUGGUGUGAUGAUCAGUUUUCCGUGGGAAUGAGUUAGUAGACAACAUGUAUCAGAUAGAUGAUCAGUUUUCUGUGGGAAUGAGUUAGUAGACAACAUGUAUCAGAUAGAGAUGGAUCAGUUUUCUGUGGGAAUGAGUUAGUAGACAACAUGUAUCAGAUAGAGAUGAUGUGAUGAUCAGUUUUCACCAUUUAGUUUUGUUGUUGUUUUGUUUUACUACUAAGCAACUUUUGUUUAGUGAUAUACAUACUUUGAAACAAUAAACAUGUUAAUUAAAUUGUCUUAAAUAGAUGUAUUAUUUUUGUCAUUGAUGAAUGUAUUUGGAUGUCUGCAUUGAACUUAAUUGAUGUGCGAAUGAAAAAUAAAUAUUCUACUUGAAUUUGUGCUGGUCAAACUUUGGGUUAUCUAUACAGACAAUGCAAUGUUUUUGUUUAAUUGAUGUUAUUCAAACUAAUUUAAAUGUCUAUGUAUCUACUGAAUACAUGUCACUACACCUCUACAUGCCAAUUAGCUAGUCCCCAGUAUGUUCUACAAUGCAUACAAAUCAUGUUUUGCAGUAUAAAGGACAUGUUUUCAUAUUUAAAUAAAAGUUAAAUAAAAUAA